GUUUCGCUUGUUUAAUUCCUUUUUGUGGUGGUGUCUUAUUAUUAUUAUUAUUUGUGUGUUUAUUUAAGUGCAGAUAAUCAAAUUUACUUUGUGCAUUUACAUGUGUAUGUAGAUGCACAAGAAAUAUGCCAUACGAGUAGCUUUUUAGCUAAAUAACGAAAAAAGCCAACCUAAAUUAUACCACGACCAGUCAAGAAGCCAGGCAUAGUGAAGAACGAAACCAAAAACACUACAACAAUAAUAACUAAAUAAAUUAUAUAUAGUUUAGAUUUGACAAGCAAAUACACACACACACACGUAAACAUAACAACAACAACGACGACAAAUCAAAACAACAACAUGAAGUACACCACAAAUACAGACAACGCAUUGCUGUCCAGCAGCAGCAGCGGCAACAGUAGCAGCAGCAGCUCCAACGUUGCAUUAAACGAAGUGCAACAACAGCAACAUCAGCAGCAGGUUAACAGUCCCAUACAGCAGGGGGAGCAGGAACGAGAACAACACAUCUCAUCCUCUACAACGACAAGCACCGCCAGUUCCGGGAGUGGUGCAACAACAAGCACAACAACAGCAACAACUACAACAGCUAGCAAUUCAGCUCUCUUCUGUGAGCAAGUGGGUACCGUGACCAAUUUGUUUGAGAAAUGGAACGACUGCGAGCGAACAGUGGUGAUGUAUGCGCUACUCAAACGAUUGCGAUAUCCCAGCCUCAAGUUUCUACAGUAUUCCAUUGAUAAUAAUCUGACACAAAAUCUGGGAUCGUCGCAGUCCAAUCUAAGCAGUGUGGUCAUCGAUAUCAAUGCCAAUAAUCCAGCAUACCUGCAAAAUCUAUUGAAUGCAUAUAAAACGUUUCAGCCAUGCGAUGUGCUCGAUGCCAUGUCCUCCUCCUCAUCAGACAAGGAUUCCAUGCCCUGCUAUGGAUCCGAUUUUCAAAUAACAACAACGGCACAAUGUGAUGAGCGUAAAUUGUAUGCACGGAAGGAGGAUAUAUUAAAUGAGGUGCUCAACAUGCUUCCAUUGCUAAAGCCCGGCAAUGAGGAGGCCAAGUCGAACUAUUUGACACUGAUACCGGUCGCUGUUAAGGAUACGAUGCAACAGAUUGUACCCACAGAGCUGGUACAGCAGAUAUUCUCCUACUUACUCAUACAUCCGGCUAUUAGCAGUGAGGAUCGCCGCUCAUUAAAUGUUUGGCUGCGUCAUCUGGAGGAUCACAUACAGGCAGCGGCGGCGGGUAUAACAAAUCGCAGUUAUUUCCUUCAGCCCUCGCCACAUUUAAGUGCCGAUCACUUAGUUAGUUCCGGCAAUAGCCAGCACUCUGCCGGCACAAUGAGCACAUCUGGUUCCUCCACAGCAUCGUCUUCGGCAGCAUCGUCGUCGGCCGCCUCUUGCUCCUCGGUAGCCUCGUCAUCGCUGGGCAAUUUGGCGCCACACACAUGCUCCAGUAACUCCAACUCAUCGCAGACCUCAUCGUCCCAUACACCAAGAGGCAAUGAUUGGCAAACGAUUGCGCCUCCAAGCAAGCAACACAAGAUCGGUGACUGGAGGAGUUCGGGAGGUGGCAGCGGUUCGGGCAGCAUUAAUCCACUCUGUGAUAAUUUAAAUGGUAUUACACUGAACGAAUUAGCAUCUAGUCAGAAUAGUUUAGGACUGUCGCUGGAUAGUUCAUCGCUGGUCAAUGGCGUGGUGGCCGGAGCGACUGGUAGUGGUGCUUCGCUCUUUGGGAACGGAAACAGCAGUAUAAUUGCCAUUCUAGGUGGUGGAGUUGCUGGUGGUAGCGAUGAUCAUGACACCUCCUUCUCAAAGAACGGCACCGAGAUCCUAGACUUUGAGCCAGAUUGCGAUAAGUGUGUUGGCGUUAGCUUGGGCGAUGCCAGCACUAGUGGAAACAUUGGCAGUAAUCUCUGCCAGCAACAUGCGCAUUCACAGCAACAGCAACAACAGCAGAUGCUGCAACCUCCAUCCACGUCACAAGUCUCCCAACAAUUGCCCUAUGCUUCCAUACUGAUGGGUUACGAUCAGAUUGGCGACAUUAAUCGCUGGAGUUUGGAUAGCAAGAUUGCAGCUCUAAAGACGCGUCGCUCCAACAGUCUAACCACGCAAACGAUCUCCUCCUCGUCGUCAUCAUCCAACUCGUCUGUGAUCACCGUCAACGAUAAUUGCUCGAAUUCUACGGAGAAUUUGGCGCAGUUCGCCAACAAGCCGCGCAGCUUUUCACUGUCCAUUGAACAUCAGCGCGGAGGGCUUACAAACAGUGGUUCGGAUACACGCCUCGAUGAGUUCAAGCCAAGCUAUAUUAAGUUUCAGACUCGCAAUGUAGGCAUGUCUGGCAUUGGACUUUGGCUCAAGUCGCUGCGUCUGCACAAAUACAUUGAGCUGUUCAAGAACAUGACCUACGAGGAAAUGCUGCACAUUAGCGAAGAGUUUCUCCAAAGUGUCGGAGUAACUAAAGGCGCGUCCCACAAGUUGGCGUUGUGCAUUGAAAAGUUGAAAGAUCGUCCGCAUAUACUGAACAAGUUAGAGCAGGAACUGCACAAGGGAACCAUGAAAAUUGGCACUGCCGUGGAGGAGCUUACCAGCAUUGUACUGACACCCAUGAAACCACUGGAAGCUGUGGCACCCAGUGAGGAGAACAUUGCCUUGCGUUUUUUGAAAGUUAUUGAUCUGGUGAGCAAUGCCCUGCAGCAGGAUCCCUACUGCACGCAGGAUGAUGAAACAUUGGGUGUAUUCAUGUGGAUCUUGGAUCGUUCCAUACACAACGAAGCAUUUGUUAAUCAUGCCAACCAGCUAAAGGAGCUCAAGUUCAAGCUAUCAAAGCUGAAGAUGUCUAUGGUGCCAAAGCUGCAUCACGUAAAGGCAGCUCCUAGCAACGGCAGCACCAUCAAUAAACCCAGAUGGAGUGGCAAGACGCGCAAGUGUGACACCAAAAAUGGAAGCAACGAUCGCAUCAACCAUCGUAAGAACUCCAAUGACAUGUUGAACUUUUCCCUUAGUUGUCUGCCACAUCCUUUGGCACCUCCACCACAUCACCAACAACAGCAACAGUCGCCGUAUGGCAACGACUAUAAUGGAUAUGGCAGUCAUUCGCAUCAGCCGCAAUACAAGAGCUCCAGCUAUCCCAGUUUUAUGAAUAAUCCACAGUCGAUGAAGCAUCAUCAGCCGCCACCUUCUACAGCCCAACAACAGCAGCAGCAACAGCAACAAAUGCAACAAAUGUUGCAACAACAUGCACAUUUCCCAGCUCUGCCCCAACAAACGCCGCAACAACAACAGCCGCCGCAACCACAUCACCGUCGCUCACUCAACAAUCUAAUUGUCGUCGCCGGUGGUCCACAGCAGCCGCAACAAUUGAUUUUCAAACCCGGACAGGGUGUACUUACUACCACCUCCAACGACAAUCUGCACCUGGAUGGCGCAAGUGUCUCACGCAAUCAGCAGCAACAGCACCAGCAACGCAAGCAGAGCCUCAAUGGCUUGACAAGCAAUCCAAAGAAGACAAUGGCCGCUGUUGUUAUGGUUAGUAGCCAGGCCGUUGGCCAGGAGCAGUCAGAGAGCCCUCAGGCGGCACCACAGCCGCCACCGCCACAAAUACUAAUCAAUAACAAUAAUAAUAACAUUUUAAACAAUAACCUGAUCAAUCAGCAGCAGUUACAAUUGUUGGCCGCUGCUGCCGCAGCCGUCAGCAAUGGUACCUGUCUGUGUAGUGGUGGGGCUGGUGUCGGCACUGCUACCCCGCUCUGUAGCCUGUGUGUGCAGCAUCCGAACAACAAUGUUGAUCAUUGUAUGUCUGCCAUGGAACAACAAUCCGCUCAACUCAUUGCCAAUAUGAACGACUAUAAAAUGAAUGAUUACAAGAGCCUCGAGCAGCUGGAGACGCUGUGCCGCCAAAUGACCGAGCAGGCAAUGAAUUGAGCUAACAACUAAUUACAUUUCGUAACUCCUACCUCAUCCUCCUCCUCCUUAUCUAUCCCCUUAAAAGCAUUUGUUUAAUUCUGUUCUUUAUAUACGUACAGCUGGUUAUGAAGUUCCCCUAGAUGUGCAUAUCCAUUGGCGUAUGCACGUGUCGUUUGCUAUUGUAAUGCUCGUUCAAUAAUGUUUGUCGUCAGCGCCCUAUUUUUAGUGCAUUAGUUUGUAAGCUGCAAUUUGUUUUACUAGUUUACAGAUUAAGUUUAUGCAUUAAGUGUUUUGAAUGCGCAUAUUCUGUAUCUGAAUCUUUGGCUUUGGCGUUUCUAGAGACAGGCCGGUCUUGUCUGCUUUAUUGAGCGCAUCAAGCAUCAGGUUCAGAAUUAUUGUCGCGCUGUGCCCAAAAGAUUGGGUAAAGGCAAUGCUGCCAAUGUUAUAUUUUAUACAAAUAUGUGUGUUUGUAUCGUAGUACUAAGUUUUCUAUUUGUUUAAAUUUUGCAUUAGACGACUUAGAGAUUUUAACAAACCAUUCUGCUUAAAAGCUUAUCCCAAGAUCCCGUAAAUGUUAACUUUUCUUUUAGCAAAACUGUUUGUGUUUUUCCAUUAUUUCCUAAAAAAUGGCAAAUACCUAACACAAAAAAUUAUAAAAAUUAAAUAUGCCUAAGAAGAUAGUAUAAGAACUUGUCUAGUGUAAAUUUGUAACUUGUUUUGUAUGAAUUUGUCGCCAUUUGUGGAUCAUUUUGCAAAACUAGAAGCAAAGCAACUAAUUCAACAGAUCUAUGACUUAAAUAUUCUUCAUCCAACACACACACAUACACACACCACAAUCAAUCAACCAACUUUCUCCUCUCACCCACAAUAGGAAAAUUUGGCCAAAUUUGAUCAACACUUUACACUAUUCUGAUAACAACAACCACAACAACAACAUCAACGCGUAGCUGACAAGUUAUAUUAAACAAUUAAUGAACUCUGCAUCGUGACCAUGAGACUGACUAAAAUUACUUUUUGCAACUAAAGAAAGAAAGAAAGAAAUUGACUAACUAAAAACUGAAUGAUGGAAAUUGUGUUAAAUUGUUUGAUUGAGUGCCGCGUCGACUCAAUGUUAAAUAAAAAUCAAAACAUUGCUUGCUGAAGUCAUUGUAAAACAAAACAACCAAUUAUAUACAUAUAAAUAAUUUAGUUUACAAUUUAAUGAAAUCAAAUUUGCUGAAAACUAAAACAAAACAACAAAAAAAAAAAAACAAAACAAACAAAAACAGAAGAAACACAAGAAAAGGAAAGGGGACGUUGGAAACUUCGAUAUAAACUAUAAUUUUAUGUGUUUGAGUUUAAUUUUGGCAAAUAACGAAUAGAGAUUUGUAAGAGUAGUAAGCACAUGUUGUCAGGCAUAUAAGCAAAAAAAAUUAUGUUGUAUAUUUAAGAAAGAUUUACGAAUUAUUAUAAUUUAGUCAACUGACGAUGUAAUUAUGUUGCCCUUACCAGCCAAUGGUAUCCAAAAGUACUUUAGUUCAAUUAAUUUAUUGUAAUGCCGAACGCACUAAGAAUUAAGUAGUAAAAUGUUUGUUUUAUCUGUUGUUUAAUUUAAACGAGAGAACAGUGUAAUAUUUUAAAUAGUAUUUGUAUACUAGCAUCAACAAGCGUCGAUCAAUUGUUGUAUACAAGAAACGAGAAAAAACUAGUUAAGGCAAAUUGCUUUUUUUAUAUUUACAGAAGCUUGCGCAUGUGUGCAACGUAACGUCACUCAAUAUGUAUACACACAUAUAUUUAUAUAUACACAUGUAUGAAUGUAUGUUAAUUGUGUAGAGCUAAAGCGGUUUUAAUUUUGCAAAAUUGUCUAUAUUUAUAUAUUGUACAUUGUAUAUUGUAUUUGUAAUAAUUAAGUGAACACUAUAUCGACGGGCAAACCUAAAUCAAGAUCAAAUGUUAAGGGCAGCCAAAAAACAAACCAAGCAAAUCAUUAUUAAGUUAUAUAGUGGUUAUUAUUAUUUUCAUUGUAAUAGCAUAAAUGGAUUUUCGAUUGACAAGCUACAAGAACAAGAAAAACAACAUCAAUAAAUUGUACAAUAAAAACAACAACACA